AUGGUAUAUAAAAAUUGUGUUGUGUGUGGAAGGAAAUCAGAAGGACUGCUGAAAUUGCUUCCUCAUUUCAAAUCCUCAAAGGAAUACAAGUAUAUCCAUAAAAAGUGCCUAUUAUUUUACAAAUCUGAUUGGAAUCAUCGCUUGGCAGUCAAUCAAAAAUUAUAUUACAAGGAUUACUUGAGGCAUUGCUCAAUAUGUGGGAAAAAAAACUAUAAAUAAGUAUAAUUAGAAUGUGUAAUUCCUACAAGUUUAUGUAAAAAGAGCUUUCACUUUGAUUGCGUAGACAGCCCUUAAAUAUCUAAGAAUCUUGAGAAUGGUCAUCGCCCUCCUAAGUUAUUGAUAUUUUGCUCAUACCAUGAUUCAAUCUAAAAUGUUGUUAUUGAUUUAGAUGAAGCGGUUAAUUCCCUUUAUACCUCUUACAUAGUUCAGAAUGAAUAAUAUGAAGAACCAUAUUCUCGUAAUAGAUCUAAACAUAAAAAUAAGCAUAAAAAGAAAUAUUCCCAUAGAAGAUCCCGUUCCCAUAGAAAAAAAUCAAGAACUUCAAGCAAAAGUUUAAAAUUCAGUGAUGGAGAGGAGUCACAAUCUAAAAAAUCGAUUUCUCAUAGUCUUUUGGUGAUUCCAAAAAGUAUAAUAACUAUCGAUUUGAUUAAUUAAACCUUUUCUAAUAAAUUGGAGAAUAAAGUGCAGACAGAAGUAGCUGAUAAAGCACCGUCGCUAACCAUAAAUUAUUAAUUCUAACAAUAAAUUCAUCAUUAUGAGAAACCUUUAAAGUAAGAGCCAUAAAUUUAAUAAUAACCUCAAAAAUUUUAAUAAAUAGAAAUUGAAAAUCAGAAAAAUGAAUAAAUAAUCUAAUAAAUUUUCCCUUAGAUAACUAAAAUAACUUUAGAAGAUCCAGAAUUUCCAAUGUAAGAGCGAGAAGCAAAGAGGGAUUUAGCUAUUGCAAAAUGGUGGGAGAAGAUUGAUGAUGUGUUUUUUAAAGGAGAAGUAAACAUGGGCUUAACAAAAUUAGAAGAAUAAGAAAAUUUAUUUUAAUGGCAUGAAUAAGUUUUAGAUUAAGAACUUUUAGAUAUCUCGGAUGCGAGUAAUUUUGAGCCAAUAAUAUAGUUAAGAUAUCAUUAUAGAGACUCCAUGAAUGUUGUAUUUCGAACUUCACAAUCUUCCUAUUAAUUUAUACGAUAUAAUUUUACUGAUUAUAUUGGUCGAACGAACACCAAAGGAUAGAUCCUAACAAAUCUAAGACUAUAUAGAUACCCGCAAGAAAGUUUCCCUUUGACAAAGAAUUUAUCGAUGUUUGAGAAUGAAGAGUUAGUAGGAAAAAGUCUUGUUUUUCAAGAAUUCUGUGAAUUAAAUUAGGAGGAUUUUGAUCAAUGUGUUAAAUUGGAAGACAAAAUUAAACUUUAACAUUAAUUUUUAGAGUAAUAACUUGAUAUAGAAAAUGAGACACUGGAAUAAUUGGACAUUGUAUACCAUGCAUUGAAAGAGGACCUAAAUGAAGUUGUUCAGUAAAACAACUUAAUGAGGAAAAACAUUAACAAUUAAAUAUAGUCUACCCAAGAUUAUUAAACCUUAAAAAACUUGAAAAAAAAAUAACAAAUGAUGAUGGAUAUAUUGAAAUGGUCGCAAAUAGUUAAAGCUUUUAUUAAUGGAUAUAAGGAUAAAUCAAAAGAUAUUCUUAACACUUUUUAUCCUUGUUUAAAUUUAGAUUCUCAAUCUUCAUAAAAGGCUUAGUUAAAAAAGAAAAAAAUGCGCUCAAAAGAAAAUACAAAACCUUUUGAUACUGAUUGCAAAAUAUGUUUUGAUUAUCAUUAUACAGAUUUUAAUCCUGUUAUUUAUUGUGGAAGAUGUUCAACAGCAUUCCAUAAAAUUUGCUAUUGCUUUUUAGGAAAUCUAGAUGAAUAAGAUGUCCUUUGCGAUGCAUGUCAAUUUGAACAAUACUAAUUAGGGCCAACUAAAAGGAGUAUUAUUUCAGAUUUAGCGAAAUGUGCAAUCUGCAAAAAAUUAGGACUACCAUAAAAACAAAUUGAUAAUUAAUUUUAUCAUAUUUCAUGUUUAUUGCUAACAAAUUCAGUCAUCAUAAAAAAAGGGGUGUAUAAAGUAAGAAGUAGUUAAAGUGAUAUUAAAUAAAUAUGUAAAGAUAAUGAAGUUAGUAUACCUUAAUGUGCAAUUUGCGGUGAUUUGAAGGGAUUUCGAUUUACAUGCUUUGGUAAUGAGACAAUACCUUGUCGUCAUGCAUUUCAUCCUUUAUGUGCAUACCUUCAUGGGCUCACAAUCGAUAUAGAAAGUGAAGAUAUAGAAGAAUGUUUUACACAACUAAGAUUUGGUUUAUUGACUGUUCGUAUCAAAUGCGUAUUGCAUUGCGGAAAGGAUUUGCAAGACUUACUGCUUUAAACAAUUACGUUUAGAAGAUUUGCAUUAAAUUAUGACAAAGCAGCUUAAUGUGGAGGCUAAGAAGUCUUUUUAGAAGAUUUUAAAACAACAAAGGGAUACAAAUAUUUAUACUCAAAACAACCCACAUCAAAGAAUGACUCUUUAUUAUCAUAAAUAUAGAAUUUAAAUUGA